CGCGCCAGAAUAAUCAAGUAGAAGAGUUUUUCAGGGAAGAUUUUCAGAAAAGAAUGAGGUGAUACACAUUGCACCACAGCGAUGGCAGGAUUUGAAAGAGAAUUUAUCAUUCACCUGCAGAGUGUUGGUGAGCAUAAUGUAAAUGGCUUGCUGAAAGGAGGCCCUGUCAUCAAAGGGAAGAAAGAGUUGCAAAACAGUGUAUACAGAAGAUUGAUGAAAAAAUACAGAAGGCAAUGGUGGGGGUCUGGUCCAGCCAAAAAGAAGAGAAAGUCUGAUGUACAGGAAACCAAGAAUAAAGACGAUGGAAUCCUUGAAAACAAGGAAGAUGAAAAUUGGGUAGAAAAUAAUCAGACUUCAUGGUCCCAAUUCCAUUCUGGAAGUUGUACAUCCAAUUCUACAGGUGUUCUAGAAGAAUCGAGGAAGUACAAUUCAUCAUUGAUGAACAGUGAAACACACUGUACUGAUUUCCCAAUAACAGGUAUAGUACAAGAGUUUCCUGGAAAUCGUGACAAUGGUAAUUCUCCUUUUAAUAGCAGCAACAGUUGUGGAUCUCCUGAAGGUAUAACUAGUCAAGAACAGUCUCAGGUCAUAGGAAAGCAAGUGAGUGCAUCUCUUCUUACAGAUACUCAGUUUUGUGAACAAAAUAACAAUUCCCAAAACAUUGGGUGCUUGUGCAAAGAAAGCAAACAAUGGACAGAAUCUCAGAUACCAAAAGUGCCUGGUUCACCUCAACAGGAAAUAGAGGCUACUGACGAAAUUCCCUCAUUAUCUAAAGAGGUAAAACCAAAGAUUUCAGAUGAAACCCAAACUGAUCAUUGUGUUAAAAAUGAGCAGGAUGAAUGUAAAAAUGUAUUUGAACAAGCACAUGAAUCUCUGGUUGUGGUUGAACCAAAGCUCUCAAACUUGGAGAAGGAUGAAAAAGUUGGUGAUAAUCCAACAACAACAGCCAGAGCUCCUUCCCGUCGAAAAUCUGUCUUAACUCCAAUUGCAUGGCAGCAGCAAUUUAUGUCGUUCUUGUCCACAGCUCAGGAAGAAGAAUCCUUUGCAUCAGAUGAUCCAGACUUUGUGUGUCAUGUAGAUAUAUCCCCAGCUAAAAUCUCUAGAAGACAGAGGUCUCGCAACAUUAGGAAUAGCAGUUGUUCCUGUUGCAUUGAUGCAGAGAGUCACAAUAAAAAAGAAAGACAGUCCCGCCAACGAGAAAAAAAGCUUUUACGAGAGCAAAAACAUUUCAUUCAGGACAUGUUGCAUUUGGUGUCACUAAGAAAUAAAAUAGUGAAACUCAUUCAAACGUUACUACCCGAAAAUCUAAAACAUUUUGUAAAAGCAGAAACAGAGAGCUUGGAUGAAGUUGUAGAAUUUAUUUUGCGUAUUCUUCGUUCAAGUGGUAAAGAGAAAGACACUGAGCAAGAGGAAUCUCCAUCCACAAGAGUGUGUUCUCCAAACAGGUCCCAGGAUGAAGAUGAAUACAUGGAUGAUGAAAUGCCUGUAUUGGAGAAUUGUACAGCCUAUGUAUCCAACAUACCGUCCUCACCUCCUGCUUCCAAGUUUCAAAGUUUGUCUGAUUCAGGUAUCGUGCAGGACCAGUCUUUCACUUGUGAAGCUACUUGUGAGACAAUUUCUGUCAGCGUUGACUUUUCUGAUGAUCAGACCAAUACUUAUGAAAAUGUUGUGGAUAGGAAUCCAGUUGCUCCCGAUCACUCUCAGUAUCUGGGUACAGAACUAGCAAAGUACAAAGGGAAUUGUACUGAAAUUAUUCCAGAUGGGACUCAUAUGACCAUUGAUGAGGAUGAACCAGAAGGAGAGACUUCUCAGGAAAAUGGUAGCUGUGCCAAUGUACUUGACAAAGAAUCCAUAUCCAUUGUUGGUACUGAACCAACACAAUUGAAUAAAUCAUCUGUGAGUGACAGUGCUAUCUUCCAUGUCUCAGAUGAAACAAGUGCUAUAGAUGAGGAGUGGAAUAAAGGUGACAUUGAUAGAAGCGACGAUGAAGUUACAACUUCUGAUAAUUCAGCAAACAUAAAUAAUGUUCUGGUUCUGGACAAGCUAGCCAGUGUUCUCUACAACAGUGACUCUAAGCGUGACCUCUCUUCUAGAUCUGACCCUAUAAUGGGUCUUCUAGCAGAUAAGACUUGUGAAGAAAACCCUGGAAAAAAUAGUGAAUGUGCAAUAAGAAAUUCCACACCUGUGGUAAAAACUCCGUCUGAUGAAUUUACUUGUGAUGUGACAUCUCUGAUGACUAGCACGGCUUGUACAGACCAGCCAAAAGACAAAGUCAUUGAUGUGUUUGAACCUUCCAUUGUUCUGUGUAAAAAGCCCAAAAAGUGUUUGAAGCUGUUCAUGAAGAGAAUUCACUCCCUCCUUCACAGGCUUUUACCAGGGGUUCAUUUUGAGCAUCAUUUCUUUAGGAAUUCCAACAAUCUGGAGUACUUGUUAGAUGCUAUCAUUCAAAGCAAUCAAGAAAAUCUGUCUGUAGAAGUUUGAUUUGUUUAGUAAUAAUUGUUUCUUCUAUAUUGUAUUUGUAUGAUGUUUGUUGGUUGACAACAUCCAUAUGUUAGGCUAAAUGACCAUUUUUUUCCCUACAAUAACCACCUGGAUUACUUUAUUUAUUGAAAAAUGUCAAUUACUCAUGGAAUAUGGUGUACAUUGUAACCGUUGAGUCUGACUUGUACACAUGUACUUGCCAAAGCCAUGAAAUGGCCAUGUUGUUUUGCUUUUGUCUUUCAUUGUAUAGUGGUGAAUACUAUUGGCAAACGAACUAUGUGUAGUUCAAUCAUGUUUCAUUCUUAAAUAGAUAGAUAUUUUUCAUCAUGGUAAUCAAUAUUUUGACUAUAUAUGUUUUAUUUUUCAAUCACUUAAUUUUCUGUGUAGCAAAUUUAUGGAGAUGUUUAUGAAAGGUCCAUCUUCUAGUGUCCAUUUUCAUAAUAAUAAUAAUAGAUUUUUGAUAAAACAAAUCCUCAUAAUCAUUGCAGAGAAAAAUGUCACAUGUCCUCAUGUUUAAUUGUUCCAACCUCCCUCAACUGAAUAUUGUAAACCAAGAAAAAAUAAUAAUUUUGAUGUUUAUUUAUAUACAUGUGUAUCUGAUUAGAAUAAUUACACAAUUUUUUGUAUACGUUUGAGCUUUCACUGGGGUUGUGUCUACAAUUCAUAAGUUUGGUUGCAGGAUGAAUAUAAAACUGAAUAACAACUUUUACAAGAGGAACUGUAAAAUCAAAAGUUCAAAGUGUGAUACUUUGAAAAUGAAAUCUAGGCUUUUAAAUACAUUCAGGUAGUCUAUGUAAAAUAGUCUUAUAUUUUGAAAGAAGUUAAAAUUAGCAUCCAUCUGUCAUAGAAUUAGACUUAGUCAUGUUCAUUUAAUUGAUGUAGAUAAUAUUAGGUCCUAAAUGUUAAGAUGGAGAGAAGUCUGUCAGAAUAGGAAAAAAUAUACCUGUAUACAUCUGACAUUUACAACUUAAAUUUGACAGAUUGGGUAACUUGUUAUGUUGAGUUUAUGUAGGAAUUUUUUAAUCUAUUUUUAUAACCAUUUAAUACUUCCUGUGUUUAUAAUAGGAUGUGAUGAGAUGGUACAUAUUUCUCACUGUCUACUUGUUCUUGAAUUUUACGGUAAAAUGCCUGAUUAAGAAAUAACUACAGAGCAUUUGUACAGAAUUAUCAGGGCUUGUGAAUAGAAAAUUCACAUCAUUUAGUGUAAAUUACAUGAAGAUGGAAGCAUAACUAUUAAAUAAGACUUUUAUAUUUGUCUGCAAAGUAUUAAUCUUUUACAAAUACUGUAUGAAAAAAAGAAUUGUGUUUCUAGUCUUUGGAAAUUGUUUUCUUUUUUUUUAGCCCACUUGAGCCAAAGGCUUAAGUAAGAGUUUCUGAUCGAAGUGUGUUCAACAUCACCUAUAAGUGGUCAAAAUUUCAUAUGAGAAUAUGUAGGAAAAUUCUUUUUCUCAAAAACUAUAGUCUGUGCUCUUGCUGAUAUUCAAGUAUCCAUAUGUAGCAGUCAAGUGUAUGUUCAAAUUUGUUAUAUAUUUGAACUGCAUUAUCUUGAAUACUGAAAGUCAGUUGGAAGUGCAAACUACUGUUAUUUUCUUUAUGUAUUUUAAUUUCAGUAUCUCAAAUACUCAGAUAUCUCAAGUUUUUUUUCUUGGUCCAGUCAAGUUCGAACUAGCGAGGUCUAACUGUAAUCAUAUCCCAUUGGGCUAGGCUGUGACCACAAUUGAGUUUAAAAUUUUUACAAACGUACACUAUAUAUAUAUAUAUUUGAAAAAAUCUUUUCAAGAACAGCAUGGUCUUUUGUCAUGUUCAUUAUUAAAACAUCAUCAUGGUCCAUGGGAACAUAGAUUACAAAAAAUCUCAAGAACAACAGGACAGUAACUAAGUAUAUUGAUAUGCAUAGAUCCCCAUAUAAUAUGUACUUGUUCAAAGCAAGGUCUUGGAGACUAGAUCAGGGUCACUGUGUAAGAAUGUUGACAUUCACAAGAACAAGAAGGCCACAAAAUAGUAAAGUUGACAUCAAGUCUUCGUAUACUGAUAUUUGAAAUAAACUGGUAGAUCACCAAGAUAAGGGUGUUUUUUACAUACAUUGUAAAGAAAAGCAUGGUGACUGGUGAGCAUUGUAGCCCUUGGGCCUUUUGUAUAUGGUGUAAAGGAAUGUAACUAUAAUGUAUUUUUGAAAUAAUGUACAUGUCAUCUUUGUUAUGUUUGCAUUUUUUUCAUUUAUUGUUGAAAUAAAAUAUUUAAAAUUUUUU